ACACUGCCACACUGCCACCAGAAGCGAUACUUUCCUUAUAUACUCAGCGGCAGAAUUCUCCUGCCACAAGUGACCAAAACGCGAUGAACGCACCACCGGCGUUUUCAGCUCUGGUAUCAGUUCUACCUCUUCCAGGUCAAAAUCUCCUCAAACACGACCAUCAACUUAGCUCUCCAUUGACCUCCUACCUUCGUUUGCAAGAAGGUCUCUGGCUUCUCGAUAAUGAUAUCGACCCAUACAUAGGAGGAUCCUUUCAUCAUUCGCCUCUCCUACUGUCCUUAUUUUCAACCAUAGUACCUCCACUCCCAAUUAUAUGGGCUGUAUCCGAUGCAAUAGGAGCGUGGGCACUUCUCCACAUAUGGCGCGCACGCCAGGGUCUACCAUCGCAAGAGGUUGCGAGGUCCAACGUAGAAAACCUUAUCACAAGCGUGUACGAUCUAUCAGCAUAUUUCGAGUACGCACCUAACGCACCGCACAGCUACUUGCUGAAUCCUUACCUUCUCCUUCCAUCACUUGCGCUAUCAACAUCUACAUUCGAAAAUACGCUUACUCUCCUUGCUCUCAUGUUUGCAUCUCAAGGCAAAGUAUCUUAUGCCCUCCUCGCUAUCGCGUUCGCAGUUCACCUCACCCCCUCCUCUAUUCUUCUACUUCUCCCAAUUCUCAUGGUACUCGUCUCCUCUCCCGUGUCUCGCCUCGCUUCCCCACGUCCGUUUCAUGGUAACCUCAAGCGUAUACCGUUCCUCUUUGGUGAGUUCACAAUAUACUGGCUCGUCCUUGUAGGCGCAGCAUGCAUUAUUACGGGCGGAAGCUGGAAUUGGGUCAGGGCAUCAUGGGGCGCAAGCCUCACGCUACCAGACCUCACGCCUAACCCCGGUCUUUGGUGGUACUUCUUCACUGAGAUGUUUGAUCAUUUCAGACCAUUCUUCCUCAUGGUCUUUUCCGUUCAUCUUGUCAUAUACAUAUUACCCAUCUGCAUAAAAUUCCAACACGAUCCUCUCUACGCCGCGUUCCUUCUUGUAGGCGUCCUGGGAACGUUCAAGGCGUACUUAACUCUCGCAGACCCAGGGUUGUUCCUAAGCAUGAUAGCCAUCUUCCCUGAAGUACAUGGUUACCUUCGACACCCCAUCGUCACUACACUCCUCCACUUACACGCUGCGCUCCUCCUCCCACUUCAACAUGUACUCUGGGUGAGCGAGGGCCGUGGGAACGCGAAUUUUUACUAUGCUGCAAGUCUUGUUAUGGGUAUGGCGGGUGGUGCGGGGCUUGUGGAUGCAUGUUGGGCAGGGAUGCGGAUUGCUGUGGGGGAUGCGAAAAUGUGGUCUGAGGAAAAGGUAGAUGGUGACGAUGGCAAGGGCAAGGUAAUAUGGCGGGAGGUGGUACAACAGUGAGGGGCAAAAAUUGUUCGAGGCUGGUUGUCAUUUUGCGUACAUAUUUUGAAUGCGCCCGAUAUAAGCACCCAGAUCGGCAGUGGAAAUCUAGUGGCUGCUUGCCAUAAUUUGGAUCAACUUCUUGUUGUCUUUUUUUAUGUACAGUAACGUCACCUAAUUGUCUACAGCAUGGUACAGCAUAGUAUCAGAUGUGUGGUGUUGUUUGGAUUGCAGU